AUGUCCGUGGGUGAUAAACUGAACGAGGCCUUCUGUUGGCUAAAGGAAGAGUUCGAUGAGUUGAUAACUGACCUGGAGGUAGACAAAAGUGAACUAAACGUGAGUGACCUCUACACAAAGAUUAACAACACGUUCAGGAGCAUAAAUGGAGGAGAGGAUUCCCCCCUGUGUGCAGAUGACCAGGGAGCGGCAAGCGACAAGAAAACAAAGGAACGCAUUAACCAUGAGGAACUCAUACCCUGGAGCCAUUUGAAUUAUUCCCUCUUCCAUUAUGUACACAUAUACAACAAAAUUAGGGAGACGCUACUCAUUGACGAUGAGGAUUUUUGCUUUAACUUCGAUGCAGAAAAUUUUUUUUCAAAGAGGAGGUUCUCGCCCAGUUUGGCCUUCCACCCGCUGAUCAGUUCCAUUGACGCUUCAUAUUUUAACUUCCUCCUGUUUUGCAUUUUGGGUGGAUCGUAUGAUAAGGUUAGGGGUGGGGGGGAUCCCAACGGGGAGGUCACCGCCCCUUCCCCCCGGCGCCGAGGCAAUCGCGCAGAAAUAACCUACACCUACAGCGACGACAACUCAUACAAGGAGAAUUUCGUCGUGACGAAGGAGGACUAUGCCGCCUUGAGUGAGGUGUACACAAAGGUGCCCAACGUGCAACGGUGCCUGGAGGGCGGGCAGGACGCGCUGUUCAACUUUGGCCCAUCAACCGGUACAAAUGGAGCCAAUACAAAUGUUGACGGUACGAAUAAUCACAGCGCGAAUGAUAGCAGCUUAAGCGGGGGGCGCGCCACGGCAACCCUGACCCGAGAGGCGCUGAACGAAACUUAUGCCUUCUCCCUGAAACACAAAACCUACAUGGUGCACCCCGAAAUGAACAGCAAAAUAACAUUUUUCAAUGGGGACAUCUCCGCAGUAGACACGGAUGCGAUUGUUCUCUUUGCCAACCACAACUAUCGGUUUACCAAAACGGUGUGCGAAAAUUUGUACUCAUCGACGUUGAUGAAAUUAGAGGAUGAGGACAAGAUGGAAAUUAAGUCCAAGAAAAGUGGGGAGGUGUAUCUAACGAACAGUUACGAUGGAAUACACAAAUACGUCCUGCACGUUGUGCUGCCAAAGUACAACAGUAAAUAUAUCCUAGCUACUCAUAAUACCAUGAACCUAUGUGUACAGGAGAUUCUGUGCGUGUGUGUAGAUAAAAGGAUACAAUCCAUUUCGAUCCCCAUCGUUUGCUUUAGCUUGUUCUUUCCCAUAAAUAUUUUUUUGGUGACUUUGCUGAAGAGCCUGCGGUCGCUACUUUUGUUGCCUCAGUUUUAUAACGCCAUCAGGUCGAUUGUCUUCGUUACCAACUCGAAUGACUUGUACCUGUUGACCUUGAAGUACGCGUCUAUAUUUUUCCCUAGAUGUCGUGAGGAAAUGUUCCUCUCUGCGAACAUUGCUAUUUUGGGAAACAAAUUGGGGUCCAUCGAUGUGCGUAACAGGGGCAUUCGCAUUUUCAGGACGCUCCGGAGGGUCACCCGAGGAGCGCGCGUCCACCGCAGAAGAGUUAAAACGGGGGAGAUAGUCAAUUCGAAGUGGGACACCACCAGGAAGGAUACCCCUACUACUAACCGUGCCUCCCCCCGGUCAUCGGACUGGCCAAAAUCGUUCACCUCAUCCUCGUCAUUCAGUUCCUCCUCAGCUGCGUCGUCCGACUCGGCCGGCUCAUUCACAUCCCCCGCGUCGUCAGACAUUUUCAAGGAAACAGACACGGAGUUUUUAAGUCUAAAGACGGAAAGCGAAGGCCAUAAAAAUUUCUACAAGUUACAUGAAAUUAACAAAAGGGAAGACAACAUGAUGGCAAAUCUGGAGCGCUGUCUCCGUCUCAGUUGCAUGUACAAUGUAAAAAACAAAUACAGUGAAUUUGAAAAGGAUUCUUUUCUCUACGAAUACGGGAUAGAUGAACAUGGAAGGAAAACAAUGGUCGUCAAUUUUUUUAAGUUCCCUCAAACGUAUAACUACCAUUUGUUGUUUCUGUAUAUAUUGUUUCACUUCAACUCUUUCAUGCGAAAUCACUUUGUGUUGCUUUUCAUUUUCUCUGAAAGUAUAUCGACCCAAAUUACUAACGUCUUGUCUCUCUUCAAGGAUCUUUUCCAACUCGUUACAGAUUUUUUGCAUAACCUAAAGGUCAUUUAUUUUUUUAAUUAUUCCCUCGCCUUCAAGGUGUUUAUCUAUGUACUUUACCCGUUCAUCCCGGCCAGCAUCUACGACAACAUCGUGUACCUUAACGAUGGCCAGGAACUAUCGAAGCACUUCGACGUUAAGAAGGCCUUGAGGCAAUGA